UCUGUGAGCUCAGCACUAGAACUCUGCAGUCUCAGUGAUCAACAGGAAAAGGAGAGCCAUUGAUGGAAAAUGUCUCUGCCCUCACUCAAAGCAGCACACUCCAUCCCACCUCACACUCUGACCCGGCUGGCACAACAGUGGCUAGCAGAGGACACGCCAAAUUUUGACCCCGCAGGAGUGUGCGUGGGGUCACAGGAGGUAGAAGCGAGGUUGCUGUGUAAAACACCAAACAGCAUCUUGGCAGGGAGUCCCUUCUUCACAGCAGUGUUCACUGAGGUGGGCUGCACCGUGGACUGGAUUCAUCAGGAGGGAGCUGAGAUCGGUCCCAAUACCAUCACGCUAAUUGCUGUGGUAAGAGGCCCAGCAAGGUGCCUCCUACUUGGAGAAAGACCGGCUCUCAACUGCCUGGCCCGGGCCUCGGGGAUUGCCACCCGCUGCUCUCAGCUCCAGGCAUUGGCCACAGUUGGAGGCUGGCAUGGAGAAGUGGCUGGCACACGAAAGACCACCCCAGGCUUCCGUCUGGUGGAAAAAUAUGCCAUGCUGAUUGGCAAUGUGUCCAUGCACAGACAGGAUCUAAGUGGAAUGGUAAUGCUGAAGGACAACCACGUCUGGGCAUCAGGAAGUAUCACGCAGGCUGUGAAAGCUGCGCGGUCAGUGUGCGGCUUCAGCAGUAAGAUUGAGGUGGAGUGCUGCUCUGCAGAGGAGGGCAGGGAGGCAGCCAAAGCUGGAGCAGACAUCGUUAUGCUGGACAACUUUAAACCUCAGGAGCUCCAUGUUGCAGCUCUUGCACUGAAGACGGAGUUCCCAACGUUACUGAUAGAAGCCAGCGGAGGAGUCACUCCAGAGAACUUAGCCAUGUAUUUCUCCUCACAUGUGGACAUUAUUUCCCUGGGCUGCAUAACUCAGGGAUGCCCAGUUGUGGACUUCUCUCUAAAGGUUCAAAAGCCUGUUGCACACUAAAUCCUCUGAGAAUGAUGACCUCCACAAAUAUAUGUAAACUGAUUCAAUGAGAAAAUGAAGUAAGGGUUUUGUUCGGAACAGAGGUUUAAGUGAGAUCAUUUCCUAGAACGACAUUGCAGAGAUCUAGUGUUGCUAAAGCUCAUGAAAUAGCUCACAUCCUGUUUGCUCACUGUGUCAUCAGUCAUUUGAUAUGGAUAAAAGGACAACAGAGACAAGGUUUGUACUUGCUUCUCCGUUGGGGCCAUGUCGACAGAAAAAAAAAAGUGCAAGACUGCAUUACUAUAGAGGAAAGCAGUCACAAGUUGAAACUAAUCAACAGAUAUAGGAAGGACAUACAGAUUAAAAGGACAACUAUGUUUUAACUAAUAUUAUAGGCUAACAGGCAGCCCAUAACGUGACUCAGUAUGUGGAAGGGUUGGUUCACCAAAACAGUUUUCUUCUCACUUAAAAUAUUGUCUAGCAGUGUCCAGCCAUUCAGAUAUAUUUGUUUUAGUGUUCCAGUUUUAGAGCUAUCCCAGACCGUUAAGUUAUCAAAUACCACCAUUUUGACAUUGCUUUUGCCACCUUUCACAUCUAGCCAAACAGAACUGGUGGCAGUGUUAUUAUAAGCCAGCGGACAGUCGGAUGGCACUUGCUGCGGCAGUCUGAUGGGUGGCAUCACUUGAGAAUGUGGCUGGACUGAACCUAUUGCAUAUAGGUGAAACGUGGCAGGCAUCAGGUUGAAACUCUGGUAAUGAUGCAAUAUAAGGAACACAAAGGUGUCUGCAGGGUGUGCAGGAGGAGCGGUGGAUGGAUCCAACAAAGACUGACUUGCAUGAGGGAAUCCAGUGUUUGCUUCCUGUCUGAAUAUGAGGGCUUUUUUUCGACAUGUUACCAUAUGCCUUGCACCCCUGAUCUUAAACAUUCAUGUCCUUAUCGCGUCAUCCUAACCAUCCAAGCCAUGCCAGCAUGUGCUUUUGUUGAUGUCCCGGCAUGGGUUGCCAUGUGAUUGUACUGCAUGAACAUAACCACAUGCAGCAUAAUCCCUCCAUCCUGGAACAAUAAACGGCAUAUGUAGACUGCAUCAGUUAACAUAUUUCAGUCAUGAAUGGGGCAGUUCUGUGUAACAAACACUUUUACUUUACGUACAUUUUACUGCUUCUGUUUUUACUCGUAAAAAUCUGAAUGCAGGAAUUUACUUGUAAUAGAGUAUUUUCAUUCUUAGGUAUUGCUACAUUUCCUUGACUAAAAAUGUUUUAAUUCUUCCACCACUGGAAGUAAAGCAUUUUUAAUUAACUAUAUUUAUGAGAUGGUUUAAAUAUCAGAGCACACUUGAAUUCUCACAAGUUUCUCACUUCAACACCCAGUUUAACUCCUUCUUGUUAUAGAGUGUAUACAUGUGGUAAGGGAAAUGAGGUCCAGGCUAAUUUUAGGGUGUUCACCCACCCAAUAUGAUAUGAACAACAUAACAAACACUGAAACAAUGCUGUUGCUCUGUGUCACCAUUAAGUUUGAAUCUGCAUGGAUUCAUUUCAAUUGUGUGGAUUAGCUUCUUUCGAUGUUCAAAAUAUUGUCCUUUUGUUGAC